AUGACCAAACUGUGCUACACCGCGCUCCCCGCCCCCGCCUUCACCACGCUGCAGAGGCAAGUCUUCCCCGUCUACUUCCGCCUGCAGUGCCUCCUCCUCGUCGCCACCGCGCUCACCCACCCCCUCGCCCCACCAUCCAACGCGAAUGCCCCUCCGCCCGUCGAUGCCGCACUGCUGGCCGUCGCCGGCGCGACCGCGUUUGCGAAUUGGCUGAAGUACGGCCCCGCGACGGCUGCGGCCAUGGUCGCGAGGAUUCAUCAAGAGACGAGGGAUGGGAGGAAGCGUGAUGAUGGUGGUUCGGCGGGAGGGGGGAUGAGGGAGAGGAAGAGGGCGUUUUCGAGGAACCAUGCGAUGAGCAUUCAUUUGAAUUUGCUGUCGAUGGUGGCGACGGUGGGGUAUGGGGUGGCGCUGGCGGGGAGGCUGAGGUUUGAUUGA